AUGCACGAGGGAAUGAAACAAGGAUCAUUCCCAGAGAAAGGGCAGCGUGCCAACACCAUGCUUCCGCUCACACCGCCCUCAACGGUACAAAAGCCAUCGGCAUCUGACAAUCGCGAGGAAAUUUUGGUUACUCCGCGGAAGUUGUUUCCAGAGCUCAAAAAGCUGAGUUCCAAGGCCCGGAAACCACCGUUGAGGUACCGUCCAGAGAAAAACACAGUGUUUGACAUUGAGCAGUACAUAGAGGGUUGUAGAAGAGGAAAAUGCAAUGAAAAAGACGCCAAGUUCUUGAGGUAUGCUUUCGAGCACAGCAGGCGUGUAGUCAUGGUGGCAGGCGCGGGCGUUUCUGUCGCAGCGGGAAUCCCCGACUUUCGUUCUAGCGGAGGCCUUUUCUCAACGCUUCGAGAUGAGGGCGUGGCAUCCGGUAAAGAGCUCUUCGACUUCAACAGCGUUUACUCGAGUGUUGAAGUUGGACAAAAGUUUAACAGAAUGAUAACCAAUAUGCAUGCAAGGUGCCAGGAAACACGCCCGACCGAGUUUCACCGCCUGGCUAACACUGUUGCCAAGGAGGGCCGCCUCACCAGGCUUUACACGCAAAACAUUGAUGGUAUCGAAGAUGGGACGUCGCACUUGCAGACUCAGGUACCGUUGGAGAAGCCUUUUCCUAAUACUAUUCAACUUCAUGGAAGCAUCAAGCACAUGUUUUGCAACAAAUGUUCUAAAAUAUACGACAUGAACCCCUCCCUUUUCAAAGCACAAGAAGAACAGACAGGCCGUGAAGUUUUCCCGCUUUGCCCGCAAUGUACGGAGUUUGAGGCUGUGCGAGAAGUAGCUGGUAUGCGAUCGCAGGGCGUAGGAAAGCUAAGACCACGAAUUGUUUUAUACAACGAAGUUCAUCCAGAGGGUGAAAGUAUAGGAGACGUUGUGUCUAAAGAUCUCAAGGGCAGGCCCGAUUGCUUGAUCAUAGUUGGCACAACACUUAAAAUUCCAGGAGUAAGGGCGAUGUGCAAGCAGUUUGCACGUCAAGUUCAUCAGUCAAAGGGCAUAGUCCUUUGGUUGAAUACUGAACUCCCUACCAAGAGUAUUGAGGACUUUUUAGGGUUCAUUGACCUAAUAGUCGUUGGCGACUGCCAAAAAGUUACCUCAUUGUUCGACGCUUCGGGCGCCCUUUCAAAAUAA